UCUCCCCUGCUGGAAGGAUCUGAUAAGGAGCCGCCGGGAGGAGGGAGGAACGGGACGAGCGCGUUUGGGGACGGCGAGCGGCUGCUGCGCGCGCCCCUCCUCUCUCCGCCGCGCGCGCGCGCAGCCUCCUCUCGCCUUUACGGGAGCCUGUUUGCAAUUCCUGCUCUUCAUGCCAGAGCCUGCAGCUGCCUCUGGUGCGUCCCGCUGCCGCCGUUGUGGGAAGCCGUCGCCCCGGCAUGAGCGACCGACGGCGGACUUCUCCCUCCUGAAGUGGCGGCGCAGAAGCGCAGAAGGACGCCGCAACUUUUCCACGAUCCCCCCGCCGUAGUCGGGAGGCUGCGUGGAGACACCUGACGGCGCGUAACGCCACGGCUGCGUGGCGAGCGUGGACUUUGCGGCAGUGAAGGAUUUAGGAAUGUGGAACGCGAGUCUGUGUCAGCGCGAAAGGACGAGCCUCUGCCCCCUGACGCCAUGACCGCCGCCGUGAACCUGACCUCCCUGCUCAAUGUGACGGAGCUCCACAACCACACCAGGGGAUGCUCCCUCACCAAGACGGGCUUCCAGUUCUACUACCUGCCCACCGUCUACAUCAUGGUCUUCAUCACGGGGCUGGUGGGCAACAGCGUGGCCAUCUGGAUGUUCGUGUGCCACAUGAGGCCGUGGAGCAGCAUCUCCGUCUACAUGUUCAACCUGGCCCUGGCUGACUUCUGCUACGUCCUCUCGCUGCCCUUCCUCAUCUUCUACUACUUCAACAAAACCGACUGGGUGUUCGGGGACGUGCUGUGCCGCCUGCAGCGCUUCAUAUUCCACGUGAACCUCUACGGGAGCAUCCUGUUCCUGACCUGCAUCAGCGUGCACCGCUACACGGGGGUGGUGCACCCGCUCAAGUCCCUGGGGCGGCUGAAGAAGAAGAACGCGGUCAUCACCAGCGCCGCGGUGUGGGCGCUGGUGAUCCUGGGCAUCUCCCCCAUCCUCUACUACUCCAGGACCGGCCUGAAGCGCAACGCCACCACUUGCUACGACACCACCACGGAGGACGAGCUGCCGGGCUACUUCAUCUACAGCAUGACGCUGACCGCGUUCGGCUUCUGCGUGCCCUUCAUCAUCAUCUUCUGCUGCUACGGCAUGAUCGUCAAGGCGCUGAUCUGCAACGACAUGAACAACGCGCCGCUGCGGCAGAAGUCCAUCCACCUGGUGAUCAUCGUGCUCGCCGUCUUCGCCGUCUCCUACCUGCCCUUCCACGUGAUGAAGAACCUCAACAUGAGGGCGCGGCUGUACUUCCAGAGCCCCGACAUGUGCGAGUUCAACAACCGCGUCUACGCCACCUACCAGGUCACGCGGGGCCUGGCCAGCCUCAACAGCUGCGUGGACCCCGUGCUGUACUUCCUGGCCGGCGACACCUUCCGGAGGAAGCUGUCGCGGGCCACCAGGAAGCCGUCCCGGAAGGGCGACCACGCGCUGCAGUCCAGGAGCGAGGAGACGGCGCUCAACAGCCUGGCGGAGUGCGUGGAGAACGGGGAGCGGAGGCUGUGAGCUGCGCGUUUAAUGCACCGAUGGAGUGUAGAAGCAGGAUGGUAGUUUAGACUUCAGACACGUAACCCUGUCAUAGCCAUUAGUCGCUCCUGGAUGAGCUAUGGUCCCGCACGCGUGUUCCGCUCCAGACGUCAGAGCCGCCGCGCCUCACUUUUAGGUCGCCCUCCAUCAAAAUGAGCCGUGGGAUCGGACGGGCCCCGGGGGGAGAACGGGCUUUCACUCCAGGUAAUAAUGGCCCCCCGUUCAGGAGCUGCGUCUCCUGCAGCCGCUGAGCUGAUGCUUAAUCAAUAGCUAUUAGGCAGGUGAUGAGCCGGUGGUUAAAGGAAGUGGACGGCUUUUAGAGGGAAAUGUAAAUGCACUGACCCCCCCCUCAUGUCUAUUACCCACCAGGUGAGAGGUGCGGUCCACUCGCAGCUCUGAGGUCAAGCAGUCUUUCUGCUACUAACAGUAUUUCGUGUAUGUGCAAACCACCGUCGACGUGUGUUAUUCCGGGCGCGGCGCUGCACAGGAUGUCGUGACGUCCCACAUUCGUUCGUGCGCGUCGCUCCGCGUCAGCGUGACUCGUCCAGACAUUAGUGCGGCGUCCGUGAGACUCCAGGCGACUCGCGUGUUCGUGGAGUGAGAACAUGAGCUGCGCUGAAACGCGCACACGCGGUCGCCUGCCUCGUGACGCCAUCCACAUAUUGAAGAGUUGUUUGUUAAAAAAAAAAAAAUAAUACCUCAGAAAAUACUGCACUGUGUCUGUGUUUGGGCAGAUGAUCGUUUCUGUUUCGUAUCUCUUGUAUUUUUUCCGGAGCUCUCACUGUACAUAUUUUUACCUGUAGAACUAGAAGUAGGUGUUUGAUGUCUGUACUAAUUGUAAAUGUGUAAUGUGUUGUCAAGAAAGGAAGUAAAUCAACCUGUACAGUACAUCUGAGGCCACGUGUAUCUUUGUCAAUAAAUUUUUAUAUUUAAAAUGA